GGCGCCAGAGUCACUAAACCCUAAACCCUAACUUGCGACCAAAUCCAGAGCUCUAUAUAAACGAAGCUCUCAAUUUCCAUUUCUGGAUCUAUAGAAUUCAGAUCCGUAUAUCGAAGCUUCAAUUCAUGGAUAAGAACUUGUUAGAAACGGAUAUCUCAUCUCUCCCCGAGUCCGAUCAAGCACGAAUUUCAUCGAUUAUCGACCAGAUGCAAACGCGCGACAGCCUUGGUUUGUAUAGCAAGCUUUCACAAAGAUGCUUCGAUGACUGCGUAACUUCCUUCUACCGUAAAACUUUAGGCAAGCAAGAAGAAAUUUGUGUGAGGAGAUGCACGGAGAAGUUCUUGAGGCUCUCAACAAGGGUGGCGACGAGGUUUGCUGAACUCAACCAAGAUGGAUCGCCACAAUAGUCGAAAGUUUUGAGAUAAGCAAGACGUAAUAUGUGCAAAAAAUUCUUCCACCCUAAGACAAUGAGGGUGGCAGCCUCCUCGACUAGAGAUUUACUGAACUCAUUGAUGCUCAUUCUUACUCUCCAAUUCAUUUUGGAACCAACACAAUCCUUCAAGGUUACAGAUAUUAUUGACUUGAGAAACGAAAGUAGUUCAAUAGCGUAGAGGAGUCGUCAUUUGUUUCUGUAUGUAAUUGCAAAUGAUUAAAGUUUAUACUACUAUUUUGUAGAAUUAUGGGGUA